AUACCAGCUACUAACCAUGUCUACAGAGUUCCAGGAUGUUCACCUCGCAGAGGUGAAACCUCUAGUAGAGAAAGAUGAGGCUAUCACUCGCCUUCUUCCGGAUUUUGAUGUUCAGGUGGGUGAUUGGAAGCCUAGCAUAGUGAAUGCUGGAGAAAAGGAGGAGCAAGAUGUUGAGACUCUGCAUGGUUCUGUCCAUGUUACUAUGUAUGGGACUCCCAAAGGAAACAGGCCUGCCAUCUUAACCUACCAUGAUAUUGGAUUGAAUCACAAAACCUGCUUCAACCCCCUCUUCAACUUUGAAGAUAUGCAGGAAAUAACACACCACUUUGCAGUCUGUCAUGUGGAUGCACCAGGUCAACACGAUGGAGCUGCAUCUUUCCCAGCUGGAUAUAUGUAUCCCUCCAUGGAUCAGCUUGCUGAAAUGCUCCCUGGGAUACUAAAACAGUUUGGGCUGAAAAGUGUUAUUGGAAUGGGAACUGGAGCUGGUGCCUACAUCUUAACUAGGUUUGCUCUGAACAAUCCAGAAAUGGUGGAAGGGCUAGUUCUCAUAAAUAUAAACCCUUGUGCUGAAGGAUGGAUGGACUGGGCAGCGACUAAGAUUUCAGGAUGGGCGCAUGCCCUGCCAGAUAUGGUCAUUUCACAUCUUUUUGGGAAGGAAGAGAUUCAUAACAAUCAUGAUAUGAUCCAUACUUAUCGCCAACAUAUUGUCAAUGAUAUGAAUCAAACCAAUCUUCAUCUCUUUGUCAACUCGUACAACAGUCGAAGAGAUCUUGAGAUUGAGCGACCUGUUCCUGGAAUAAAUGUUGUUACUCUGCAAUGCCCUUCACUGUUGGUGGUUGGUGACAGUUCUCCUGCUGUUGAUGCUGUGGUUGAGUGCAACUCUAAAUUGGACCCAACAAAGACCACACUCUUGAAGAUGGCAGACUGUGGUGGUCUCCCUCAAGUUUCCCAGCCUGCAAAGCUUGCAGAAGCUUUCAAAUAUUUCAUUCAGGGAAUGGGAUACAUGCCUUCAGCUAGUAUGACCAGGCUUAUGAGGUCCCGUACAGCAUCUGGUUCCAGCACCACAUCCUUGGACGGACAGAGGAGCAGAUCCCACACUGGGGAAGGAACAAGAAGCAGGUCCCAUACCGGUGAGGGUGCCAGGAGCAGAUCCCAUACUGGUGAUGGGUCCAGGAAUCGCACUCACACAGACACACGCAUUGAGCUCACUCCUAACUCUGCAAGCAAUGCUGAACAACCUAGCCCCAAAUCCAUGGAAGUUUCCUGUUAAAUAUCGUUUUAAAAAAAAAUCUGGAUGUAGUUUGAAACUGUAAAAGUUUUAAUGGUUGCCCACUGUGUAUGGCAACACAACUGGUAUUUAAUCUCAAGCUUUUCAGUAAAACUAACUCUGUUCAGAGUUUGACAGGGACCAAAGAAAGCAAACAUCUCAAUUGCUCUAUUUUUUUGUAUUGCUCAAUAUGGAUGGCUGCUGCUAUUGUGCUCUCCUCCAACUGAUGCCAAAACUUUAAGGGAUGUUUGCCAAAAGCUAAUAUGGCUGUGAAUACAUCAGACAAACCAGACUCACCUAGCAUCCUGGUCAAUGUUUUGAACUGAUAUGCCCACUUCUUGUUUUAUCUUUGGCUAAAUAAAGUUACCCAGUUUGGUACAUGAUUUAAAAAAAAAAAAAAAAACUUUUUUUUUUUUUUUUGGAGGGGAGAAAGCAGUGCAUUAUAGGUGACUUCAAAAACAAACAUGGUACAGCUCAUGUUGAAGCUGGUGUUCAACUCAAAAGUGUAUAUAGUUUAAUUUCAAAUAAUAGGAAAAAUCGAACUUGUGCAUUUAUAGGCCUUCUAAUUAAUAUUUGAGCCUGUUUUUCCUAAGUACAAUAAUAUGCUAAUAAAAUAAAAACUUUUUGUAUUUGCAUUUUUUGAGAUUCCGUUCCUAUCUUCUCCUCCUUCCUUUGAUCCUGAGAUUUGCUUAGCCAAGUUAAGACCAGGUUUAAUUUUUAUAAGCAAAUAAGCUUUUUCUCUUUGGCAAGAUUUUGAACCAAAGAGCUCACAACACAGCAAAACUUGGUAGCAUAGCUGUAACACUUAAAAGUAGCUGUACAAUGACCGGUCAUUGAAAGCAGUUUUACUUCAUUGGGUGACUUUUAAUCUUUGGAGUUUGAGGUUUUUUGAGUAUUCAACAUAAUUCUAUAAAACUCAGUUCUAUAAACAAAGCCAGAUGCAGCUGUUAAUUGUUGAGGAAAGAUGAAAAACUGAAGGAUGGCUUGUAAUUACUGUACACUCAACUGCCGCUAAUCACUAGCUCCUAAAACCUCUGAUUUUGAAGUUGCUGGUGCUGAGAAGUAUAUUCUACAUAGUGGGAGGGAUAACUUUAUAAUUGAGAAACACAAUAUUUAAUGACUGUAAACUUAGCAGUGUGUGAUCGUGCAUCACAUUGUAACCUAAUUGAUGGCCUGGGAAAUCUCUUCUAUUAGAAGUAAGUGGGUAUGGCACUUUCUACCACCCACAGGUUUUCAUAGCAUUCUUCAGCUUUUCUUCCAUACAUACUGAGAUCAGUCUUUCACUUGCUUUGAUACAUAUUUGCUACAUCACAAUUCUUGUGUAGCUAAUAAGUAAGAUAUUACUGCGUAGUUAAAUAGCAAGUGUUAAUACCUAAAUAUUUUGGAUAAUUCUCCUUGUUUCAGAAGAAUACAACUUAAUUAAGGUUACUCCAUGUUGACUUACACUCUUGUGCAGAAUUUCCCUGAUCGUUGGUAGGACGAACAGACAUAUUAAAGAGACUAAAGCUGUUGUGUAAAGUCUAUCAAAAGUUUUCUUGAUGAACUGUUUGUAUUUAUUUCAAAACAAAUAAAUUUGUAACUUUGCA